CGGGCGCAGUCACGAUGCGCGCGCCGCCCGGCUCCGCGGGUCUCAUGCUCCUCGCCAUCUAUACACCCCUGGUACUCGCCACUCAGGACACGGGGUAUUACGCUGAAGACGGUUACCAUGACGACGUGCUUGACGUGAUUGACAAAAGUGCAGAAUGUCCUACUGACCGAGUCCUUCGAUCGCGAGAGACUUGCAGGGUUGGCGGCGCUGAUGUCCAGUGCAUACAACUGCAUUGCUGCGAAACGCACAAUUAUAUCGCUGGCCGAUGUGUCCCAAAAACCGUGAACCCUUGUAGCUUGCGGCUGUGCGAACAGGCGUGUGAGGUGAAAGAGGACCGUAUGUGGUGCACCUGCUACCAGGGGUUCAGCUUCAGCGAGGACCAUUAUAGGAGGAAGACGCAGCCCUAUUGUAUAGACAUAAACGAGUGUUUAGAUAACAAUGGUGGGUGCGACCAGAAGUGCGUCAACGACCCUGGUGGCCACCACUGCGAGUGUGUGCCGCCCUUUACCAUCGCUGAUGACGGCAGGAAGUGCAUCCGCCCUGUGGUUACUGUGCCGGAGCCGUUGCCGCUCGUCCGCGCGGCGUCGCGUUGCUACGCGCCGUGCGACACCGUGUCGUGGCUCUCCCGCAAGGUGAAGCUGCUGAGUGACCAGCUGCACUCCACGCAGGCGGCGCUCAAGAAGCUGUUAGAUAGCCCCGCGCUGAAGGGGGAAGGAGACGAUCGCUUCGCGGAGGGCACGUAUGCAUAUAGAGUGCUGGACGCCACGGCGCCGCUAGAGGGCGGCUACUGUAGGUGCGAGAGAGGGCCCAGGGGUCCACCAGGGCCGCCAGGUAUGGAGGGACCGAAAGGCGACACCGGGCCCCGAGGGCCGCGCGGGUCGAGAGGCCCCAACGGCUCUAUGGACCUGAUGCUGCUUCUGCUGGCUGAUGUUAGACAUGACAUACGGAAUUUGGAAGCACGAGUUUACAAGAAUGGGGAAAAGCCAGAACGCUUCAACCUGCAAAAAGCAUGGCGUGAACAGAAGAAGCAAGAAAAGCUGCAGCGCGGGAACAGUACGCGGCAAGAGCUGGAGGCCUACACCGCGCCGCCCGUCGAGGGGCCAGAGGAAGUGGAGAUUAAUACGCAUGGCUUAACUGGUGAAAUAACGCACGACACUACCACAGACUACUCAUUCGCAAAGACCACCAACCCAGAAGUGACUGAACUCAUAGAAAUGGACGAGAAACUGCGUCAGUUCAGAAAACUCGCUGAGACUACUGCGGGUGAUGACGACGUGGACACCGACUAUGAUUAUAGCUUCUAUUGAUUGGAAAUAUAUUACAGUUUUUGUUAAA